GGUCUCAGCACACACAGAGGGAGCACAGGGAGAUUCCACACAGCCUUCCCUCCCUGUCAGGACAAGGAGCCUAGAGAGAACUGCCUCCUCUGGAAACUGGGCACUCCAAACAAACAGCCACCAAAGUGGCAGUCCAGCUGCUGGGACAUGCCCAUGACUGAGCUUUGGUUCAACAGAGACACAGGCAGCAGCUGAAGUGUCUGGUGAAGUUCCUGACAGGACAGAUUCCCAAGGGCUGGGAGGCACAAAAAUGAAAUGGGAGACUGCUCUCUGGAUGAUUGCCUGCUCACUGCUUGCCUCUCUGCCCAGAGGUCAGCUGGACACCACGUGCCAUGUGUUUGUUGGAGGAACUGUGGUCUUGCCCUGCUCCACCAGCCCUCCUGUAGAGCCAAACAAGUCAAUGGUCUACUGGCAGAUUGGCACGCAGGUGGUGCACUUCUUUAUGAAUGGGCAGGAUUCACCCAAGGACCAGGACGAAAAAUUCCAGGGCAGAACCAGUCUUUUUCCAGACCAGAUGAAGUAUGGCAACUUUUCCUUAAAGCUCUCCAAUGUCCAGUUAUGGGAUGAUGCUGAAUAUUCCUGCAUCUACAGACAGACUGAGAGCCACCAAACGAAGAAAUCUACAAUUAAACUCAAUGUUUCAGCUCCACCUACGAUUGAGGACCCACCUUCCCCUUCUGAGCAGAAUCAGAUCCCCUCUGGAAGCCCCAUGGAUGGGCCGUGUCUGGCUCUGCUCCCCCUCUCCUUCCUCCUCUUGGUCCCCCUGGGGCUUUGGCACUUGUGACAGGGGAAGCCAGCCUUGAAUUUGGGAAGUUCUCCUCCCCAGAGGACCUUUCUGGGCAGGCCAGGUGUGUGGGGUCCGUGUGACACCUUCUCCAGAGCCAUGGAAAAAACACCAAGGGCUCAGAAGAGAAAGAAUUGGGUGUUUCCAUCCCACAUCCUGGUGUUCCACAAAACCAAGGGCAGCAAAACUCUGAGGUGGCAAGUCUGCUUUUGCAUUUGUUUCUUGGAGCCAGCUUUAGUGCUGCCAGGAUGUACAGUUUAUUUUGGAUUACGUGGGUUGCCUUUAAUGACAGGAUAAAAGGCUCACAAAACUCAGAUUACAGCUGAUGCUGGUGAGAUCUUUUGCCUCUCAUCUGCUGUCCUUCAAGACAACUGAAAGGAGGAGUGGGGGCAGGUGCCCUCUGUGUCAGACAAAAACUGGAAGUUGGAAGAUGCUCCCAUUUAGUGAAAUGUAAGGAUGGAAACUUUGUGAAACUUGAUUAUGUGGAACUUCAGCUUCUGUUUUCACUCCUAAGCAUCAUGGGCUAUUAGUAAGAACCAUUUUUUCCACAAGAAAUGUAGUAUUUCUUCAGCAGAAGGGUGAAACUGACUGAGAAAGAGGGUAGCAGUUCAAAAAAUAUCCACAUAGAGGAAGGAAGUGAUGUAUUUCUACAAAAUCCACUGCUGAAUGAGAAAAAAAAUCAGAAGGCUGAAUUCAGUAUUAUCUCUUUUUUUGUCAUGAAAUAUGGCAAAGUUGGAUUCUUAAGCUGGAGCUGUGCAAUGAGAAAUCCUUACUGUGACAAUGUUACUCCUUUAAAAACAGUACCUUUGGAGGGGAAAAAAUAUUUUAAAACUCAUCAGAAUAAUUAUAACUGAUACCUAUGCAAACCAAAGGGGUUUAUUUCUGGAAAUGUUCAAUUCAGGUAGCAGAGGUGUCCUGUGCAAAACUUGGGUGCUGCAUACAAACAAUGUUGUGGAAGUGCAGAAGUUGCAGGUUUUUUAGGCCAGAACUGCAACUACCCUGUUUCACAACCUGAAAUAAAA